CCCCCCGCCCGUCCGGACGAUGAAGUGUCACUACGAGGCGCUCGGGGUGCGGCGCGACGCCAGCGAGGAUGAGCUCAAGAGGGCCUAUCGCAAGCUGGCCCUGAAAUGGCACCCGGAUAAAAAUCUGGAUAAUGCCGCAGAAGCAGCUGAACAAUUUAAAUUAAUACAAGCAGCAUACGAUGUGUUGAGCGACCCUCAGGAGAGAGCAUGGUAUGAUAAUCAUAGAGAGGCUCUGCUUAAAGGUGGGCUUGAUGGAGAAUAUCAAGAUGACAGCUUAGAUUUGCUUCACUAUUUCACUGUUACCUGUUACUCUGGUUAUGGAGAUGAUGAAAAAGGCUUUUACACGGUGUAUCGUAAUGUUUUUGAAAUGAUCGCAAAGGAGGAACUGGAAUCUGUGUUGGAAGAGGACGCCGAGGGCUUCCCGACCUUCGGAGACUCGCAGAGUGACUAUGACACGGUAGUCCACCCUUUCUACGCUUAUUGGCAGAGUUUUUGCACUCAGAAGAACUUUGCUUGGAAAGAAGAAUAUGACACACGACAAGCUUCUAACCGCUGGGAGAAACGAGCCAUGGAAAAAGAAAACAAGAAGACUCGAGACAAAGCAAGGAAAGAGAAGAACGAGCUCGUGCGCCAGCUGGUAGCUUUCAUUCGUAAAAGAGAUAAAAGAGUGCAGGCUCAUCGGAAGCUGGUGGAGGAGCAGAACGCGGAGAAGGCGAGGAAGGCCGAAGAGAUGAGGCGGCAGCAGAAGCUGAGGCAGGCGAAACUGGCGGAGCAGUACAAAGAACAGAGCUGGAUGACGGUGGCCGACUUGGAGAAGGAGCUCAGGGAGAUGGAGGCGCGGUAUGAAAAGGAGUUCGGAGAUGGGUCGGAUGAAAAUGAAAUGGAGGAACACGAGCUCAAAGACGGACAGGAUGGUAAGGAUAGCGAUGAGGCCGAGGAUGCAGAGCUUUAUGAUGGCCUUUACUGCCCAGCGUGUGACAAAUCUUUCAAGACGGAAAAGGCCAUGAGGAAUCAUGAAAAAUCAAAGAAGCAUCGGGAAAUGGUUGCCUUGUUAAAACAGCAGUUGGAGGAGGAGGAAGAAAAUUUUUCAGGACCUCAGACUGAUGAAAAUCUGUUGAAUGCCAAUUCUGAGGAAGAAAUGGAGGAUGCACCAAAACAGAAGCUUUCUAAAAAACAGAAGAAAAAGAAACAGAAACCAGCACAGAGUUAUGAUGACAAUUUUAAUGAAAAUGGAACUGGAGAAGGAUUAAAGGUUGAUCCAGAAGAUACUAACUUAAAUCAAGACAGUGCCAAAGGAUUGGAAGAUAGUCCCCAAGAAAAUGUCAGUGACACAGAGACUGUCGAACUGUGUGAUGACCCAAAAAAUGAAGCAAAGAGUGUUUCUAAACCCAAAGGAAAGAAAGCCAAAGAUACAAAAAAGUCUGUCAAAGUACCUGCUGAGCCACAGACGAUGAAUGAUGUUCUUAUCAGCUGUACAACCUGCCAUAGUGAAUUUCCAUCCCGGAAUAAACUUUUUGACCAUCUGAAGGCCACAGGUCAUGCAAGAGCACCUUCAUCAUCAUCCUUAAACAGUGUAACGAGUAGUCGAAGCAAGAAAGAGAAACGUAAAAACAGAUAGACCUUCUGCCAGCGCUUUUUCUUUUGACUGUCUCUAGAUUUUGAAACCAAAAACUGAACUGAAAUCAUCUAAAGAGUUAAAAUUUCAGUGAUCUGCAAUUUAUUGCAUUGUGGAAGAUUAUUUUUUAUCUUGUAAAAAUAUUUUUUUUGUUUAAUAUAUAUAUUUUUAAACAUUUCAUUAGUGAUUGAAUUCUACUUUUGCCAUCUGAAUUGACUUGAAUAUCUCAGAACAGGUAAAUAUUGUAAAGUAUACAUUCUUGAUUUAUGUUGGCUCAUGGGGACAGAAAUGUACAGGGAGAAUUAAAUUAUUUUAACACAUACAAAUGCCCCUAUAUGUUUUAUUUUGUGAAUUUCACAUUAAGUAUUUUUAUAUGAUUGAUUCGUUGUUUUUGUAUCUUGUAUUUUGUUAUGCUUCAUGAUCUGUCAAUGAUUCCAGAUCAUUUUAAAAUCAUCAUAGAUUUUUUUCCACCUGAUACCAUGACGCCAGUUCUAAUUUUAAAGUAAUUUCUAAAUAAUCUAUUAUUGAUUAUUUUUUUUCCCCUCAAGGACACUAAUAGGUGCAAACUAAUGGAACUUAUCUGGUUAUGUUUCAAGAAUUAUCUCUUUUCAAGAUAUAAUUACAUUAAUUUGAGAUUUUUACUGGUAGUUAUCAACAAGAUAUAUCUUUUGGCUUUUCGCUUUGAAUUGUGGAGGUGGAAGCAAAUUAAUUUAUAUGGCGCUUCCUCCUUAGGCACGGUGACAGCUGUAAAGCAUAAUGGAUCCAGGUAGCAGAUGGUUUAGAAUUUAUACUGACUCUUUAAGACAUAUUUUGCCUUGGUUUUUUUCCAUUCUCUAUUUUCAGAAAUUUUUAUUUUGUUUUUUACAUCAUUCAAUGGAGAAAACUUUUUUAAUGAAAGAUUUUUGAACAGGGCUGAUAUUUAUGCCAUCUAUUCCGUAGCAAAGACGAAUAUUAAAUCAAAAGAACUAUGGAGAAUUCUUACAUAAGUGAGUGUGAUCAAGUAUAUGUUUGGUGAUGAGUCAAUUUUUAGAGUGGAUUAAGUGGGCAAUUCUUUUAAUUGGUCUUGAAAAUAACUUUGAACUCACUAGCUUGAAAUACAGACUUUCUGUUCAGUGAAGUUGUUUCUCUUAUAUCCUCGAAUCUUCAAAUGGAGGAGUCUUCAGGCAUGUAUAAGCUCUAAAAUACCGGUUUCUGAUGGCAAGGUCUUUUCUGAAGCCUCAGGGAUAGUGUUGACGAUGUGGGUCAUUCUGUGUGAUUUACUUGAAAAUAUGCUUUUAUACCUUAAUCGUUAAUUUUUUCUGUUUAAUUUAGAAACAUGUAUAUUUUUUUUAUCUUCUUCCCUUUCUCUCUGUAACAAUCACAAAUGCUUCCUAAUUGUUUUUUCCCUCCUUGGUCCCUUCAGGGGAAAUGUUAGUCAUUUUUCUAUCCUAGACCCAGGCUUCAUCUGAACGCUCUCCACCUUCCUCUAAUUUGAAUUAGAUGAAAUGCUCGUAAUUAUGAAUAGAAAUAUUAAUGAAUAAACGGGCAUAUUAGUUGCAUGUUAUUGUACAGUAAAAAAGUAAGAAGCCAGAGACUGCCCUGCAGAUGCCCUUCAGGCCUUCCUUGCUUCCUCUUGUGCCAGCCAUUCAGGUGUUUAAUUUAUUUCUGCGUCAUGUGAGGAUCGAUUGGGGUUACUUGUCACUUUUAUUGUGAUUGUCAGAAAUCAACCAUAAUUUUUAAUGAUCUUCAUCCAUCGUGAUUGGAAUUUAGAUCUCAUUUCUGAUUCUGAGUAUGUGAUGCCGCGAAAUCAUUUAACUUCUCUGAUCUUAAUUUUCCUUAACUCUGACACAGUUCUCAGCAUAAUAUUGUCCCCAUUUAUCAUACAGUAUUAUUAUGAAGGUCAACACAAUAGUAUAUAUGAAAAGUGCUUUGUAAAUACAAAAGCUUUAUAUAAAAUGUUGAAUUUAAAUGA